AUGGAAAUGGAAACCAAAAAGGUGCUGAGUUUAGUAACAAUGGACAAACGUGUUGUUGACCGCAAAUCAACAACAAUUGAAAAGGAAGCCUUUCGAAGGAGCAUUGAGGAGUUAAAAGCUAAAGGUUUAGGUGUGAAAGAGGUGGUGACAGAUGCACAUAUGGGAAUUGGAUAUUUGAUGAGGACAUCUUAUACUGAGAUCAAACACAGUCAUGACAUUUGGCACGUAGCCAAAAACUUGGGCAAAAGGAUAACAAAGGCUGGACAGAAAAAAGGAUGCAAAGAUUUACUGAGAUGGGCCAAACAUAUUGUCAAUCAUUUUUGGUAUGCUUGUAGAGAAGCCACAGGUUACAUGAGGUUCAUCAAUAUUUGGGGACAAGUGCGCCACCAUGCUUGCAAUGAACAUGAGUGGAUCCUUUCAGAAGGUGAAGGGCCUGCGGAGUGCUCACAUGGAGACCUAGAGAAAGAUGCAAACAGACCAGACUGGCUUCCAAAGGAGUCUCUCGCAGCUAAAGCUAUUAAUGAAAUAGUGUUAGACAAAAGACUGAGAAACAGUUAUGGAUACAUUGAAAACUUCAGAAUGACAGCAGAGAUUGAAGUAUUCAACAAUCUUAUUUUGAUGUAUUGUGCAAAGCGUUUUGAAUAUAGUCCUCCAGCAUACAGAACAAGAAACCAGCUGGCUGCCUUGGACAAUAAUUGUCAUAUAGAUAGGCCAUUACUGAUGAAGCCUUGGACAAUAAUUGUCAUAUAGAUAGGCC